AUGAAUGGGCCCCGGAAGAAUGAGGUGGAGAGGGAAAUAGGAAGAUCGGGCGGGGAGGGGUUGGGGACAGGCAACUCAGUGGCUCACCCGAGGCCACUGCCUGGCCCAUCCGGCAACCACCUCCACCCACUGUGCGAGCUGCAGACUGGUAGCAGUUGGAGGGAAUUUCCCCUCGCCAAUCGCUCUAGUCCCUCCCCUCGACCGGCCGGACAUCCCCAGAGAGGGGCAGGCUGGUCCCCUGACAAGUUGAGGCAAGUAGACGCCCAGGAGCCCCGGGAGGGGGCUGCAGUUGCCUGCCUUCCUUUCCCCGCAGCGCUCUGCGCCCCCCUCGCCCCGCCUGCGCUAGCGGAGGUGAUCGCCGCGGCGAUGCCGGAGGAGGGUUCCGGCUGCGCGGUGCGGCGCAGGCCCUAUGCGUGCGUCCUGCGGGCUGCUGUGGUUCCAUUGGUCGCGGGCUUGGCGAUCUGCCUCGUGGUCUGCGUCCAGCGCCUCUCACGGGCUCAGCAGCAGCUGCCGCUCGAGUCACUUGGGUGGGACAUAGCUGAGCUGCAGCUGAACCAUACAGGACCUCAGCAGGACCCCAGGCUAUACUGGCAGGGGGGCCCAGCACUGGGCCGCUCCUUCCUGCGUGGACCAGAGCUGGACAAGGGGCAGCUACGUAUCCGUCGUGACGGCAUCUACAUGGUCCACAUCCAGGUGACACUGGCCAUCUGCUCCUCCACGUCGACCUCCAGACACCACCACCCCACCACCCUGGCCGUGGGAAUCUGCUCUCCCGCCUCCCGUAGCAUCAGCCUGCUACGUCUCAGCUUCCACCAAGGUUGUACCAUUGCCUCCCAGCGCCUGACGCCUCUGGCCCGAGGGGACACACUCUGCACCAACCUUACUGGGACACUUUUGCCUUCCAGAAACACUGAUGAGACCUUCUUUGGAGUGCAGUGGGUGCGCCCCUGACCACUGCUUCUGAUGAGGGUUUUUUAAAUUUUAUUUUAUUUUAUUUAAGUUUGAGAGAAAAUGUUUACACACAGGGGCCACCUGAGGUGGGAGUCGGGGUGGGGUGGCGGGUAGGACAAGGGAGGGUAUUGAGUUUUUUCUGUCUUUUCAUUUUCCUAUUAAAAAAUGCAAAAAUCA